AUGUCUGAUUAUGUCAUUUAUCGCACAGAAUGUGUCCAAACUAGUUGCUCCGUUGUCUACGAAUCCAUUGACACGGUGAUAAGAAGUGGUGCUGACAAGCCAUGUGCCUCCCAAAAUGUCACAUACACCGGAGAAGAAGAAGCGGAUGGACCCGUCUACGUGGCAUAUUCAAUGGAAGACAUGCUAAAAUCGCCCAGAGACCUGUAUAAAACUGUCAAAGACGUCGCAAAGUUCGUAAAUUCGCCCGAAGGAAAAAGUAUUUCGGCGCGUUUCAAAAAGUUCGGAACUCCCCGUGAAGCGCUGGAUUUUCUGGCGUUUGGAGACGUUCCAACGACACCUUCGGCGGGAAUUCAAACUCCCGCCGAACCGAAUUCACCGUUUUCCGGUGUCAAUCGGAUUCAGAUGAACGAAUUCAAAAAAUAUGUGGAGAAGGGCGAUAUGGACAAUUUUUUACGCCUCGUGGAAACGAAUCCCCGAUAUCUGGUGAAUACUGGGGGUGAUGUCGCAUCGAUUGUGAUGGAAGGAUUCAGAUAUAAUGCAUUACAUAUUGCUGCGAAAGCAGGACAAUCUGAAAUUAUUGAGAAAAUUUUGGAUAAUUUGCAGAAUAUCGAUUUCCUGACUCGCCUCUACGGUACAUCUCCAGAGGACGUCUCAACUCGCCGCUCGAAUAUUCUCGAUUCAUAUCUCAACACUCCGGACAAAGGAAACUCGGACACGCCCCUUCAUUUCGCGACGAAAUUCGGAAAAGUGGGCGUGGUCAGGGUACUGUCACGUCACGGAUUAAUGGAUACGUCAUUGAGGAAUAAAAUGGGAAAAACGGCGUUGGAGUGUGCGUGUGAGAGAUAUAAUGGAGACGAUAAGCAAGAAAUACUCAAGGAUAUGCAUUUGGCUAUUGAGGGAUUCUACAUCCACCUCAUCCGCUCGCCCCUCGGUACCGCCCAUCUCGAACUCUCUCAACAGGCUCCGCCCCUAAAACCGUCGCAUACCGUAUCCGCACGGGCGGGACCGUUCCUAACGGCGGCCGUGGCCGAAGAAUUUCAAAAAAAAUGGGCGGCCGUCGGGAAGGAAAUAAAACGAACGGAUUGGGAUAAGGGAUACGAGAAAGUCGGUAGAGUAUUGGCAGAAAACGAGACGCCACGUGUCGGAUGGGCGGAGUCUUGGCACUUUUUGACUGAAAAAGGGGGCGGAGUCAACGAGGAGCUGAUCGAUUUGAAUUCUGGAGACGAAAUCCCAUCGGAUUCUGAGGAUUCUGAUUCAUCUGACGUCUUCUAUGACACGUUUUCCGAAAUUCCGACGGCAGACGACACGUUGGGAUCGAUUAUCGAUCGAUUCGCGGCGAUUUCGAUUUAUUCGCCGAGACGAAUGGAUUCAGAAGGCCCCACGACGUCAGAAUUCAGGGAUUCUGAAUCCUCAUUUGACGACGAUGACGAGUCGUCGUUUGUCACCCCGCCGACGACGCCUCCACCAACUUUUGUGGCCGAUGAGGAGCCGUGCAAGAUUGACAACGAUUUAUUCGAGGUUCUCAUCAAAAUCCCGGCGUCUCAACUCACAAAUUAUCCAUUGGUCGCCGAAUACGUCCAAAAAGUGUCAAGAAUGACGGCGACCGACCGUUCGGCGUGGCUCCCAAUGGAUUCGCCGAGAAGAUGCGAAAUUCGACGAAAAAAUUGA